GGAAGCCAGAAAGACCGGAUAAAUUCCGCCUUUGUCACUCGGGCAUAAGUGAGGUUCUUAUCUGAAAAUAAGGAUAGUAGUUAAAAACUGCUUUGUGGCGUUGUUCAGAAAGAGGCCUAAAUCUCAACGUCUUUGGAACAAAGCGGCUCUUGUGUGGCAAGCAGGAGAGGAGCCCUGGGGACAGGAGUCCCACCUGGAAGAAAAGUUUAUCUGACAGGGACCAUCCUCACCAAAGCUUCAGAACAAAUGCAGAAGAACCCAAAAAGGAGUGGGUCCUAAUUUGUUCCACCAGAAGCAUUUUGUUACUACCUUUUCCAGAAAGAGCCAGACUUGGUGAUGUCACCACAUCCAGAAGCCAUCACAGACUGUAUGACAGUGGAAACUAGUCCAGCUUGCAGAAGGUGGUGAGCUGGGGUUGGAAGAGAUUGGUGAUUGUCAGGCCGUACAAGAAAAGCCAAGCCAGAGCCAAGGAAAUUCAUUCUCCGUCCCUAAACAGCCCCCUAUUUUCUUCAUUCUUCACUUAUUUGCAGAUUCUGAGCCACUCUCUCAUUGUGUCCAUCAGAAGGGGCAUCUAGGGAUAUGCUGAGUUUUCCUUUAUCCUGAACAUAAAGAAUUACAAAAUGACAGUAUAGGAGUAGAUUUCUAUCUCUGACUCUUUUGAAACUUUUAAAAAACUGGAGCCUCAGAUGUAUGUCCCCUGGUCACCCAGGACAGAGCUAGGAGGAAAGCAUAGUGCUGUUCAUUCUGUCAUACCUUAUCCUUCACAGUUGUCUGUACUCUCCCAACAACAGCAGAAAAUGGACACAACUCAGGCAUCAGUGUCAUUCAAGGAUGUGACUGUGGAGUUCACCCAGGAGGAGUGGCAGCAAAUGGGUCCAAUUCAGAGGACCCUGUAUAGAGAUGUGAUGCUGGAGAACUACAACAACCUGGUCUCAGUGGGUAACUGUAUUUUCAAACCAGCAGUAAUCUUCAAAUUGGAGCAAGGAGAGGAGCCUUGGUUCUUAGAGGAAGAAUUCUUAAACCAGAGCCACCAAGAAGAUUACAGAGAUGAUUACCUGAUCAAGAGGAACAAGAAAAUCAAAGACAACCACUUUCAGGAAGUAAUAUCCAUUGAUAAUAAACUAUUGACUGGAGAGGAAGAGGAAAUUUUGGGAAAACAGUUUAAUCUGCACAUAGCUCCUGUUUCAACAAAAAUGUCCUGUAAAUAUGACUCAUGGGGAGUAAAUUUGCAAAAUAUUUCCCAAUUUAUCAUUAAUAAUAGAAACUAUUCAACAAAAAAACCAGAUUGCUGUAGUAUAUGUGAAAAUUUGUCUUUCAAAAUUAAGUUUGAGAGAAAUCACACUGGAGAGAAGUUAUAUGAAUAUAAUAGAAGUGGGGAAGCUUUCAGUUAUAAGGAAAAUCCUCCUGAGAGUCAAAAGUGUCAAACGUUGGAGCAAGCUUUUAAAUAUAAUGAAAUUGGAAAAACCAUCUAUGAUGAGGCUGCCUGUGUUACACAUAAGAAUAUUCACACAGGAGAAAAAUCCUAUAAAAAUGAUGGAUUUAGGGGAAAAAAUGAAAAAACAACUGUCUUUAACUAUAAAAGAACUGGGACAGGGGAGAAAUACCCUCAUCUUAACCAAUGUGGGAAAUCCUUCUGUGAGAAGUCAGCUCUCAAGGAAUACAAUAAAUUCAACAUGGCUGUGAAACAUGAAUGUAAUGCAAGUGGGAAUAAUUUCUACAGGAAGUCAUACUUCACUCAACCUCAGAUAACUGUCACAGAAGAGAACUCAUUAGUAUGUAAUGACAGAAGACAAACUGGGGAUAAAUCCUUUGAAUAUCAUGAAGAUAGGAAAUCCUACCACAUAUCAGCCCACAAAGUACGACAGCGGAGUCACUCUGAAGUAAAACCCUAUAAGUGUAAUGAAUGUGGUAAAUCUUUCUUUCAAAAAGGACAUCUCAUUCAACAUCAGAGAAUUCACACAGGAGAGAAACCAUUUGAAUGUAAUGAAUGUGGAAAAACCUUCUCCCAGAAGUCACACCUCAGUACACAUCAGAGAAUUCACAGAGCAGAAAAACCCUAUAAGUGUAAUGACUGUGGGAAAACAUUUGUCCAGAAGUCAACCCUCAGGGGACAUCAGAGAAUUCAUACAGGAGAGAAGCCUUAUAAAUGUAGUGAAUGUGGGAAAACUUUUGUUCAAAAGUCAACCCUCAGAGAUCAUCACAGAAUUCACACAGGAGAGAAAUCCUUUCAGUGUAAUGAAUGUGGGAAAACUUUUGGUCAGAAGUCAAACCUCAGAAUACAUCAGAGAACACAUAGUGGUGAGAAAACAUAUCAGUGUAACGAAUGUGAAAAAUCGUUCUGGCGAAAAGACCAUCUCAUUCAACAUCAGAAAACACACACAGGAGAGAAACCUUUUAAAUGUAAUGAAUGUGGGAAAACUUUCGCCCGGACAUCAACCGUUAGAGUGCAUCAAAGAAUUCAUACUGGGGAGAAACCAUUUAAAUGUAAUGAAUGUGGGAAAAAAUUUGUCCGGAAGGCAAUCCUUAGUGAUCAUCAGAGAAUUCAUACAGGAGAGAAACCUUUUCAGUGUAACAAAUGUGGGAAACCUUUUGGCCAGAAAUCAAACCUCAGAAUACAUCAGAGAAUUCACAGUGGUGAAAUCUUAUAAAUGUAAUGAAUUUAGAACAUUGUCUAAGAAGUCAACCCUAAAUAUUUACCAGAGAAUUCAGGGAGGGAGGGAAAUCCUGUUGAUAUAAUAGCUGUGGAAAAUCAUUGUGGCUGAAAGACCAAUCCAUUUGACUCCAGAAAAUCCACACACGAGAGGAACCACAUACAUAUGAAUGUAGGAAAACCUUUAUCCAAAAAGCAACCUUGAAUAUAUAUCAGAGAAUGCACACAGGCUGAUACUCCUUUCAAGAUACUAUGGAAAGCCCUCUUGAAAGAAGCCAUGCCUUUUAAGAUAACUCACACAUAAUUGUCUGGGUCUCCCUUUCCUCCAAAUAGGGCUGGUGGACUUUGAAUGUUCAUGUUGUAUGCCGUAUCUAAUUCUGACAAAAGACCUCCCUGACAAACUACAGGGAUACUGUCAGAAUAAAACAGAGAUGACCCAAGACAACCUUGGGUAUCAUGCUUCAACAUGGCACAGCUUUUAUAAGAUAAAAGGGUGCCUGGAAUAUGUGGAACAAAAUUCUCAUUCCCAUCUUUACCAUUUGAACAUUUUAUAAUUAAGAAGUAAGCUUUUGUUAAGCUCUUAAAUGUUUAGGUCUAUUUGCUUUUGAACAUAAUUUAGCCAUCCCUCUGCUGGGGAGGUAGAAAACUAUUUGAGUAAGCCAAGCUUAUGUCAGCCAGCGGGUAUAACACUUUAAAGUGUGGUGUUGGGAGGAGUCUCUCAAAGAUCAUCAGAGAAUUCAUUUUAAAAAAAUCACCUUC